AUGGGGUCUACAUUCCCAAAGAGCAGGACUCGAAGAGUCUUUCCCAAUUCAGGCCCAUCUCGCUGUUUAAAUGUUGAGGGUAAGAUAUUCUUCUCAGUCAUGGCUCGCCGGCUCACACAGUAUCUGAUGACUAACAAACGUUUGGGGGAUAGUGAUUCGUCAAAGGCCCUUACCGGUGAAGCCAUGAAAUUAUUGGGGAACGCCGCGUAUGGUGAAACUUUGACCAACAAGUCAAAACAUACCGACGUAUCUUACUGUCUUGGGGAUAACACAUUUAUAGACAGGUCAAAUUUUCAGCUGUGUGGGAUGGACACAGAUAGUUUGUAUUUAGCUCUAAGCAGCGAUAAUCUUUCUGACGUUGUUAGACCCCACCUUCGCCUCAAGUUCUACUCUGUUUACGAUCAGUGGUUUCCGUCAGAAACGUGUCCUGCUCACAAGUCUACCUUUAUUUCCACCGAAG